CGAUUUGCUCAACACAAAAUUAUUCAGUUCACGUUAGUAAAUAGUCCAGUCAACAUCUAAAAACGAAAAUCAAAAUUUUGUGUUCCAGCAAAACAAAUUUUAAGUUUUAAUAAUUUUUCUUUUUUUUGCAAAAAAGUUUUUGUUUUUGAUGAUCGACGGAUACGCGAAAUUUUACUGGUUUUAAUUGAAAGUGCAAUGAGUGGAAUGUCUUCUCGAAGGCUCGGUCGGCUUUUCGGUUUGUCGCGGAAUUUACUAGCCCGUGUCGCCCGGAAACCGACCAUCCGUUGUUCGUAUGACAAUGCGGUACUGAGGCGCUCCUAUGCCUCGCAGGCCAUCAACCAGAUGCUGCAGCUGCAGCAGAUGGACAUCUGUGCGGAUCAGCCAUCGCGCGGUCUGGUGAUCGGUGUCUUCGCAGACGAGGAGGACCGGAACGAUGCCGGUAUACUGACCCCAGCCGGCUGGCGUUACAACGUGACAAAGACAAACGGGCGGCUCAUCCAGGUGCUGCGUAUGUCCGGACCGAUGCCCAAGCGGGGCGAGGCCCGUCUGCUGUUCGCCAUCGAGCCGGUGCGAACUCCCUACUACUCUGUGGUGGCCGUGGUCGGUCUGGGCAAGGAGUGCCUGGGCUACAAUCCGUAUGAAGUGCUGGACGAGCAAAAAGAGGCGAUCCGCCGAUCCGUGGCAGCCGCUUGCCGGGUUCUAGCUGAGCUAGACACCGACAGAAUCGAAGUUGAGAACUGUGGACAUGCAGAGUCCGCUGCCGAGGGAGCAGCAUUGGGCGUCUGGGCCUAUCAGGAGCUGCGGGAUCCUAAAUUCCGCCUCUCCGUGCCGUCCAUUGACUUGUUUGCCACCAAGGAUGAUAUUUGCGACAUCGAGGGAUGGCGCAUUGGACUGCAGAAGGCGGCAGCACAGAAUCUGACCAGACAGCUGCAGGAGAUGCCCUCUAACCUCCUCACGCCCACUGCCUUUGCGCAAAAUGUCGUGGAGGUUCUGUGCAAGUCGGGAGUCAAUGUGGAGGUCAAGGUCGAGGGCUGGGCCGAAAGCCAGUCCAUGCACGCUUUCCUGGCAGUGGGAAAGGCGUCUUGCGAGCCGCCAAUCUUCUUGGAGCUCAGCUACUAUGGCACCUGUGCGGAGGAGCGUCCCAUUGUGCUGGUCGGACAAGGCGUGACCUACGAUGCCGGUGGUCUCUGCCUCAAGAAACGCAACGAAUUGUUCAACAUGCGUGGGGACAUGACCGGAGCAGCUGUCGUUGUGGCCGCCUGUCGAGCCGUGGCAAGUCUGCGUUUGCCCGUCAAUGUCCGUGGCCUGAUCCCACUCUGUGAGAACGUGAUUGGAUGCAACUCGUUCCGACCUGGCGACAUGGUCAAGUCCAUGAACGGCAAGACUAUUGAGAUCCAGUGCACAGACCACGAGGAUGUUCUUGUCCUAGCUGACGCCUUGCUUUAUGCCCAAAACUUCUGCCCCAAGUGCAUCAUUGACGUCGGCACCUGUUCGGGCUACAUGCGUCAGUCUCUGGACGAAGCGGCCGCUGGGGUCUUCACCAACUCGGAGAUCCUCUGGCAGCAGAUCAAGCAUGCCAGCAUGCACACCGGAGAUCGUGUGUGGCGCUUCCCCCUGUGGAACUACUACAGCAAGGCCGUGCGUGCCGGAGCCCGCAGCGAUGUCCAGAACUACGGCAUUGGCCGUGGCGGACGUCCCUGCAAGGCCGCUGCCUUCCUCCGUGAGUUCGUGCCCUGCGGCCAGUGGAUGCAUAUUGAUGCCACCAACGUGAUGGUCACCAACGGCAUUGAUUUCGAGUACCUUCGCCGUGGCAUGGCAGGCCGCCCGACCCGCACCCUGGUCGAGUUUAUUGCCCAGACCAUCUGCAAGGACACCGCCCCUAAGCUGGGCAAGUAGGAGAGAAUAUCAGACAGAAAGCCAGUACCAGUAGUCGAGUCAGUUCGCUGCAAUCAUCACUCAAUAUUUUUGGCCCCUAGAUGUUACUUAACAUUGUUUUGAAAUUGUUGGUAUUUUCAGGAAAUUGUUUUUUUUAUAAUAAUUAGUAAUUUUAGAAUAAUUAAAACAGUCAAACUUCACAGUAUAAA